AUGGAUGACUGCUUCAAAUGUCAAGAAAAUCAAUAUCCAAACAAUUGCAGAGAUGGCUGUAUCCUCAAAUCUAGAAACUUCCUUUCUUAUGAGGAACCUUUAGGAAUCAUGCUAUCUUCAGUUUCUAUUUCUUUUUCCCUAAUCACAGCUUUGGUACUAGGAACUUUUAUUAAGCACAAAGAUACUCCCAUUGUCAAAGCCAACAACCGAGGCCUCACCUACACUCUCCUCGUCUCCCUCCUGCUCUGCUUCCUCUCUUCUUUGCUGUUCCUUGGACAACCUGGAAAAGUCACCUGCCUUCUCCGUCAACCCACUUUUGGCAUCAUCUUCUCAGUGGCUGUAUCUUGUGUGUUGGCCAAAACCAUCACCGUGGUUCUUGUUUUCUUAGCCACAAGGCCAGGAUCCAGGCUGAUGAAGUGGGUGGGCAAAAGACUGGGUCAAGCCAUUGUCCUUUCAUGCUCCCUGAUUCAAGCAAGUAUUUGUAUAGGGUGGCUGGGAAUCUCUCCCCCGUUCCCUGAUUUAGACAUGCACUCUGUAACAGAGGAAAUCAUUGUGCACUGUAAUGAAGGAUCAGUUGCCAUGUUUUACUGUGUCCUGAGCUAUUUGGGCCUCUUGGCCAUCGUCAGUUUCAUUGUGGCUUUUUUUGCACGGAAGUUACCAGAUAGUUUUAAUGAGGCCAAAUUCAUUACAUUCAGUAUGUUGGUGUUUUGCAGUGUUUGGUUGUCCUUUGUUCUGGCCUACCUGAGCUUAACAGGAAAAUACAUGGUGGUUGUGGAGGUCUUCUCCAUCUUGGCCUCCAGUGCUGGGUUACUGGGUUGCAUAUUUUUCCCUAAAUGCUACAUCAUUGUCCUGAGGCCCAAGCUGAACAACAGGGAGCAACUAUUAAGGACAAAAACAUAA